AGCUGCACCCUCCGAGUUUUAGUCCUUGCUCCUUGCUCAUCGACGGCACUGUCUGCUGCCCAGCGCUGGCCGUGGGCCCUGCGAGCGGAGGCAUCGAGGGCAUUCCCGCGGCACACGGGCGUCGCGCCGCGCCGCGCGGCGAGCAAGCCGUCGGGCGCCAGGGUGCAGCUGACAUGCUGCCGAGCAGCUCGUGGCGCUGCAGCUGCCGGCGAUGAUCGCGCCUUGCUGGCCUUGCAGCUGCACCUGCAGCGGCUGCGGGCCCGAUGGAACUCCUGCCUUCCCACGCCAGCGCCGUGCUCGCCGCAGGUGCGGUGCCGCGCCCGGAAUGCAUCCUGCGCUGCAGCUUCGCCAGCGGCAGUGGCAGCGUGUGACAGGCAGCAGUGAAGGGUGCAGGCCAGGCAGCGUCAGCGACGCAUGACUCGGGAAGCACAGCCCACGCCAAAUAAGCAGCACGCAGAACGCCCAGCCCCAGGACGCCUUCGCCGCCGCCGUGCGGCCACGCGCGCGCUCUGCUGCAGCGCCAUCCUCGGGCCGAGGAGAUGCCGCGCCUGGCCCUUCGCGCCGCAGCCGCAGCGCUCCGAUCCGAUGCGCAUGCUAUGCUCCGCCUUGCGGUCACGAUGUUCUGUCCUUCGUGCGGAAGAGGCGGAUGCCAGGGUGCAGCAAGCGACGCGGCCUCGGCCUUGCGCUGCGGCCGCAAGGAGAAGGCGUGUCGGAGGGACGAAGGCUCCGCUUGUCCCCUCGCUCGCCAGCGCGCAGGUUUUCAUUUUCCACGUCGACGUCUCGCAUCAGUCGGAGUCGUCAGAUUCCCAGCUGCGCGUGGUGGCGGCAGCGUCGGCUGCGCUCCUGCACCCCUGGCAUGCCCGCCUCGCUCGUCUCCUCGCGCGGCCAAGUCGUCUCGUCCAGAUGCGCCUGCGGAGGCACCUGACGACGCAGCAUGUGGGACAGCAUCCCGUGCACAUCACCACCAUCGCCUUGCGCCGUGUGCUUGGCCUAGCGGGCCCGGCAAAACGGAGCCGCGCUUGUGCUGCGACCUGCACCUGGACGCCGGCAUGCGGGCCAGCAGAGGAGCAUCACCGUGCCGUCGAGAGGCCACUGCGGUGCCGUCGCUUUGCACUUCUGCGCGGCUCGCACUUUUGCCUGGUGUGUGGAGCGUCCGCGGGAGCGCAUCGCGAAUUUGCAACCGCAGUGCAGUGGAGUAGCCUAGCGUGGGCGAGAUGCCCGGAUCGCCUGCAUCCGGUUCCGACGGAACAGCACCACGGGUGGCUACGCGUGUCCCCUCGCUCGUGUUCUAGUGGAUUUCGCACGGUGCUGUGCCUUGGCGUGCAGCCCGGCAUCAUGCGUCCCGCCGGCCGCACGGACGUGAGGCUGGCCCUUGCGGCGACGCUCCCGCUCCGAAGUCCAUUCGCACGCGUGCCAUGCGGUGCGCAGAUGCACUUUAGAUGCAGGAGAGGAGACGGCAGGCGAGGCAGGAGACACCCUGUUCCCUGCAUGCUGGGUGCUGUAUGUCGUGCUCUGGGGCUGGUGCUGUGCUGCGCGCAUGCCACACUCAGACUCCGGGCUCGAGCAGCAAGCGCCGUUCCGAGCUCCGGUCGGGGCAUCUCGUGCGAGAGCCUCCGCCGUUUGUCCCUCAUUCCCGAGCUCACUGUCCGACCGCACCUUGCUUUGGCCGUGCUUCUUCCGUCCAGUUUCGCCGCUGCACAGACACGUCGCCGGGGCGAGAUGGCCGAGCGCCCGGUCCCGAACAAGCCUCGGCCAGAGAUCUCGCUUGAUGUGAGUGCCUUGCUGGCACGCGCGACGAGGAGAGGCCUCGGCGUCUUCAUCUGCAAGGCUUGGGCCGCGGCGUGCGACUCGGCUUGCCGUGCGUCGGCAUCGGCGCCGCUCGAGGUCUUGGCUCGAGGGCGGGCCCCUUGCUUGCCUGCGCACCCCGCGUCCAGGUUCGCGCUUUUCUCAACCGCUGGGCUCCAAGUCGGAGCUGCGUGUGCUCGAUCGCACCGACUCGGUGGGGCUGCGAUGCGAAUCAUGGCCGCUCAUCAAUCCUUCAGCGACGAGCGAACACCUCGGCGUGGCCUGGCUGUGAGGAUUGCGUGCUUCGCGCUGCCGCAGCGGACAAUCAAAGGCAGCGUGUGCCUCGUGCACCAGGUUGGCUUGACGAGACGCAGGCACAGGCAGGUCGAGCUGAGUGCCAAGUGGCGAGUUCGCUGGAGCAAGUCGGUGUCCCGGUACAGACCGACGCCGAGGCCGCAAGGUACAGCCUCCAGCUCGCCGCCGCGGAAAGCCGACAGCUGAGUCUUACUGCGCGCUCGGAUCAACGAAGCCGUGCGGGCCUCGCAUAGAUACUCCGUUGCGCCGUCCUUUUGAUCGCAGAGGACCCGAUCGGCCGUCGCACACCGCCAUGCAUCGCGAACUCAUGACAGUCUCGCCGAUGCAAGACGGGCCGCCAGGCGCAUGCGGUCUGCCCUGCGCUCUGCCUUGCGUGCAGCGUGCAGGUGGUUAUGCCGAUCGCUCCGGGACGGGCCUUGCUCAGCAAGGUUUGUGCUGUGUGCCGCGCGAGGAAAGAUCUCCAGGCCAAAUUCCGACAAGGCGAA